AUGGCUCGAAUUCCUUCUCCGAAUAGCAAAGUCUACUAUUUCCCUCAGGGCCAUGCCGAGCACUCGAACGAAAUCAUCGAUUUUUCCAAAUACCCGAGCAUCCCGCCACUCGUGCCCUGCCAGGUGUUGUCCGUUAAGUACUCUGCCGAUCCCGAUACAGACGAGGUCUACGCGAAAAUCCGGUUAGUCCCGGCUGGAGGCACGAACAUGAACGAGCUCGAUUUCGUCGAUGAAGAAAAUGGAUUUUUUUCUGAGGCUAACGAAAGCAUCGAAAAAGAAAAACCGAACACGUUCGCCAAGACAUUGACCCAAUCCGAUGCGAACAACGGCGGCGGGUUUUCGGUCCCGAGGUACUGCGCCGAGACGAUAUUCCCGGAGCUCGAUUACUCGUCCGAGCCGCCAGUGCAGAUGAUCCUAGCCCGUGACUUCCAGGGGCAGAUUUGGAAAUUCAGGCACAUUUACCGUGGGACACCGAGGAGGCACCUCCUGACGACCGGUUGGGGCGUUUUCGUAAAUUCGAAAAGGUUAGUGGCAGGGGACUCGGUCGUUUUCGUGAGGGAAGAGAAAGGGGAGAUUCGGGUCGGGAUACGGAGGGCGAAAUCGGGAAUCGGGUGUGGGCCCGUGUGCUUUCGAGGGUUUUCUUCGAAUAGUAAUGGUGGGGGGGAUUGUUUGGGGUCGGUUAUAGAGAAGGUUCGCGGUGGACGGGCGUUCGAGGUGGUUUAUUACCCGCGCUCCGGUGCGCCGGAGUUUGUGGUGAGGGCCUCGGUGGUUUGGUCGGCAAUGAGGGUCGGGUGGUUCCCCGGAAUAAGAUUUAAGAUGGCUUUCGAGACGGAGGACUCAUCUCGGAUUAGUUGGCGAGUUAACCCGUGGUCAGUCGAGCUGAUAUCGGGAGUCUCGUCGAUCAACCUCUCCCCCUUGGGCCCACCGCGAAAACGGCCACGUCACCACGACUCGGAAUUUAAUCCCUUCGGCCGAGAAUUCCAAAUGACGAAACCUUUUUUUAGCACCAAUUUGUGUUCUCCCGACAUACAGGGAGCCAGGCAUGUCAAGUUCAUACAACCUUCGUCACACGACGACCCGUUUGAUGGUCUCAUAAGGAUUCCUAAGACGAAUGAUGUUCUUUUUACCGAGAGUUUGAUGAAGAGAGAGCCACCGCCUGUUUUUGUUCUGUUCGGGCAGCCGAUUCUAACAGAACAACAGAUCGAAAGUCGAAAGAAUGUGGGGACCACAUCGAACGGGUCGGGAUCAGGGUCGGGAGUUGUUCAGAGUUUUCGACCAGAGGAGGAAGAAUCUCUCUAG